AUGGGGUUUAUACUAACAGGAAAGCUAGUUCAGCGAAGCUCUAAUCCUAAGAAAGAGAAUAACAAACCCAGGUCUAAUUGGCUAAAGCCAAAUGGACCGCUACCGGCAAGCCUAAGGGUAUCACAGAGAAAACGAAUGGAAUUAAUGCAACUUCAAAAAAAUGAAUCAACAACGGCGUCCAAUGAAUCCAUAUUACAGAAACAAAAUGAUAAAAGUUUAUCGAUAUUAGAGAGAUUCCCAAAAGAAAUCCUCGAAAGGAUCUUCAUAUACGCCGGCAAAGAUAACAAUUUACCCUUACUUAAUAAAAACUUGAAUAGUGAUUUGAAUUACAACUUCAGACAUGUUCUAAAGAAAUGGGGCGAAAUUGGUACUAAGAUUCCCAAUUUAAAUUUUUUGAUAAGCUUCUUGAAAUACAAUUUCGUGUAUGACGUGAUUAAAGGAAUUGACUUUGAUUGUUAUCGUUCGCAAUUGAAGGAAAUGGAAUCGUAUGUUUAUGAAUGCAAUGAUCAUGAAUUGAAAGAAAGGUAUCAAUUCUUUAGGGAGCUACUUGAUAAUAGCGAAAAGAGUCCAUACGCAAUCGAUUUGGCUGCUUUUAAUUAUAAGUUCAUGCAUUCAUCUAUAAUUGAUUUAAAUAAAGAGAAUCGUUUUUAUUCAACUGUGUUAUCGAAAAAAGACAUCGAAAAGGAAAAUAUUCGUCUUGAUUAUAGUUUCAAAAAGCAUUUAAAAAACAUUGAGUACCUUGUGGCUAAAGAUAAGUUGGCAAACUACGAGUUUGAUCAAACUAGUGAAGAAUCAAUCGAACAUCGUAUAUUUUUACAAAAUCAAGUCAAAUCUUUGGAAGAAGAACAUGAACUCUUAGCAAAAACAAGCGCAGAGUACGAUGGUGAUAUCAAUGAUCAUAUAUGUUUGCCAUCAUACUUUUUCAAAAACUAUUCGAAAAUGAAAAGCGAUAUAGUCAUCAAUUUAUUAACUAAGGAGAAUUUUUGGAUACCGAACGGAGGAGAAGUUCUUGAACAGUAUCUUGAAAAUCAUCCAAAAAUUUUCUUAAAUAAUUACAAAGUUUUUAUGGAAAGGGCUAUUGGGAACUUUGAGGUAAAAAAUUUAGCUUUGCUUUUCAGUAAAGUAAAUGAUCGAAUGAAAGAUUUCAAUAUUAAGAAAUGGCCAACUAAAAUCGAAGGAGAACAUGGGAAAUCUCAUCAAGUUGAAAUGAAACGUUGGUUUAGUGUGCUCAAAUACUAUAUAAAUGAAUUUUAUCAAUUACCAAAUUUUUCAAACGAUUCUGAAUUAUGGAAAUCAUUGAAAGAUAAGUCACCAUUUCUAUUAGAUUUCCUAUUACAAUUUAGAGACCCACCCGGUGAUUUAAUGUGGGAACACUCUAAUAAUGAAUAUAAUGAUUAA